AAAUUUAAAGUGACAGUGCAGCAGUUAAAAUAGAUUAUAACUGCUAUCUACCUUUUUAAAAGUCAAAUUAGAAUUAAUGUUAGACGUGAUAAUAAAAAUGGUGUGUGUUCAAGAAAGUGUUACGAUAUCCGGCUUUUAAACAAAAUGAACCCCAAAACUAUUCCGCCAUAAACACACGGUUGUAGAUAAUUUCUACAAAUAAUUUCUGUAUUUCUUCAAAAACACAGACUGCUUUAUUGAAAACAAAGCACAAAUUCAGACCCGCGGUGCAGAAUAUGUAUUAAUUUAGUACAGCCUCUAGAAUCUGUUGGAUGUCAGAAUAUAUACUGUAAUUGAGUCACACGUGAAACGAAUUAAAAGAGGAAGAGGAUGGGGGUUUAAUGUCUUCCACUGAACAAUCAAAGACGAAACUGAACCAGACACCAACAACACAGAGAAUGUCCUGGAUUCACAAAGGGGAGCUGACUCUCAUUGAGCGACUUUCUGCAAAUAUUUUAAAGGCUGGACCAAUGCCGAAACAUGUCGCCUUCAUUAUGGAUGGGAACCGUCGAUACGCCCGGAAAUUGCACGUGGAGAGACAGCAGGGGCACACGCAGGGCUUUGACAAACUGGCAGAGACGCUGCGUUGGUGUUUGAAUCUGGAAAUCAGGGAGGUCACGGUCUAUGCCUUCAGUAUUGAGAAUUUCAAGCGUGCGAAAGACGAGGUAGAUGGGCUGAUGGAGCUGGCAAGGCAGAAAUUCAGCAGGCUUCUGGACGAACAAGAGGACCUGGAGAAACAUGGGGUGUGUAUCCGAGUGCUGGGAGACUUGACCCUCCUUCCACUGGAUAUACAGAAACUGAUUGCACAAGCCGUGCUGGCGACCAAGCAUCACAACAAGUGCUUUCUGAAUGUAUGCUUUGCCUACACUUCCAGACAUGAGAUAACCAAUGCAGUGAAGGAGGCAGCCUGGGGCGUGGAGCAAGGACUGAUCAAACCAAGUGAUGUGUCUGAGUUUCUGCUGGAUGAGUGUCUCUACACCAACAACUCCCCUGAUCCGGAUCUACUAAUCAGAACUUCUGGGGAAGUGCGACUCAGUGAUUUCCUUCUCUGGCAGACCACCUACUCGUGUUUAGUGUUUCAGUCCAUCCUGUGGCCAGAGUACUCUUUCUGGAACCUCUGUGAAGCUAUCCUGCAAUAUCAACUGAACCACCAAGCCCUACAGAAAGCCAGAGAUCAACACGCAGAGGCCAGGGUCCUUCAGCAGCUGGAAGCAGAUCGUUGUUGUGCAGCUGAUCUGUUGCAACAGACUGGGCUAGGGAAGCCAGUGGAUCCACAGCUCAGACAGGAGGCUCUGCAGAAAUACACUGCUGAGCGGGAGGAGAGAGUCCACAGCUUCCUAACCGCCCUGCAAGAGAAAAGAGACCGUUUUUUUACUGACUUAAAUAAGGGCUUUAUAGCAUCUGCAAAGGCAUAGCCCUGAUUCAAUGCAUUUGAAAUGUCAAUUUAUUUAAAUUUUGUUUUAAGUCAACCAAGCAAUUUGACCCCUAUGGGGAAUUUGAGACAAAUGAAUGACUUGGUUGUCACGAUGGAAAACAUUUAAAACACUGUACAUGUGUAUAUGUACAUAUUUUGUAUGUGGAACUGGUUUUCAUUUACCAGUGGAAGUAAAGGUUGUGCUGCGCCAAAAAAAAUAAUGUGCCCUUUCAGGUCCAAAUUUCUAUGAGUAUUAUUAAUUUUCCUCCCUAUUCAGAUUAAUUUUUUUUUUUUUUUUUUUUUUUUUUGCCUCAAAUCUUGAAAUUAGAAGUCUGCACCAACACCUAGCCACUGAGGCUUCUGUCUUCGAUUUAUUGUCUGCACCUGUGUAUGUCUGUGAAGUACUGCUGUAUGUGGACAACUUUUGCAGCUUUUUGGAAAUUUUCUUUUGUCAUCCCUAUAAAAUGCUGAGUGAAAAAGAUGUUGAUUCAUGCUUUAAACAAUAAAAAAACAAUAUAAUUCUGCAAGGAGGACUAAAAAGCAUUCUGUGGACAAAGGUAACUGAUUACCAUGUUGAAAAGGUGUUUGUGUGUCCCGAGUGACAAGGAUAUAGUGGAGUCCUGACUUUACUUUUAACUUUAGUCUUGGAUUUACUGUAGGCUGUUGAAUGCUGUCUUAAGAGAAAGCAAAAUGCUUGCUGAAGUGAACUUUUGUGUUGGAGUCUGUGUGAGGAUUAUAAUUGAGCUGAUAUACAUUUUUCUAUAGUGUACAUUAAAGUGUACUCUGGGAUGGUGAA